AUGUUCAGCUGGGGGACACCUGGCCAGGGCAGUGCUGCCAGACGAAAGACGGAAAAGCAAGAGAUGGAAACUUCACCACCUGAACCACUCAGGAAGGGGAGGUUCACUGCUGUGCUGGCUCUGGCAACCGUGGCAGCUGCCUUCGGAUCAGCUUUCCAAUACGGCUACAACAUCGCAGUGGUUAACACACCUCACAAGGUCUUGAAAUCAUUUUACAAUGCAACUUACUUUGACCGUUACAGCAAGUUCAUGGAUGAGGGUUUGAUGCUGCUUCUCUGGUCUGUCACGGUGUCCAUGUUUCCUCUGGGGGGCCUCCUGGGAGCCCUCAUCGUCGGCCCCCUGGUGGACAGGUGUGGCAGGUGAAGGACCCUGCUAAUCAAUAACAUCUUUGCCAUCAUCCCUGCCAUCCUGAUGGGAUCCAGUAAAGCUGCCAAGUCGUAUGAGAUGAUCAUCCUUUCCCGGGUGAUAGUAGGAAUCUGUGCAGGCAUAGCCUACAGUGCCCUGCCCAUGUAUCCUGGAGAGCUGGGCCCCCCAAACCUGAGAGGCACAUUAGGAACAAUGACAGAGGUUUUUGUCAUCACAGGAGUCUUUCUAGCACAGAUCUUCAGCCUACAGGCCAUUCUGGGAAAUCCUGAAGGCUGGCCUGUGCUCCUGGCAAUCACGGGGAUCCCCGCAGCCCUGCAACUCCUUUCUCUGCCCUUUUUCCCAGAGAGUCCCAGGUACACACUGAUUCAGAUAGGCGAUGAAGACCGGGCCAGGAAAGCUUUGAGGGAACUGAGAAACUGGGACAACGUGGAGGACGAGAUUGAGGAGAUGCGCCUGGAGGAUCAGGCAGAGAAAGCUGAAGGUCGCCUGUCUGUGAUCAACCUCUUCACCUUCAAGCCCCUGAGGUGGCAGCUCAUUUCCAUCAUUGUCUUAAUGGCAGGCCAGCCGCUGUCCGGUAUCAAUGCGAUUAACUAUUACGCAGACACGAUCUAUACCACAGCUGGCGUGAAUCCCAUGCACACUCAGUAUGUGACCGUGGGCGCAGGCAUACUCAACAUUGUGAUGACAGUCAUCUCCGCUUUCACUGUAGAGCUCCUGGGGAGACGGCGCCUCCUGCUGGUUGGCUACGGAAUAUGUGGCUCAGCCUGUGUGGUGCUGACCCUGGCUCUCAUGUUCCAGAACGAGGUUCCAGAGCUAUCUUACCUCAGCAUCUUCUGUGUCUUCUCCUACAUUGCAGGCCACUCCGCAGGGCCCAGUCCUGUUCCCUCAGUAGUAAGGACUGAAAUAUUCCUGCAGUUCCGGCCGGCUGCGUUCAUGGUGGAUGGAGCUGUCCAUUGGCUCACCAACUUCAUCAUAGGACUGGUUUUUCCAUUCAUCCAGGAAGGCAUCGGUGCCUACAGCUUCAUCAUCUUCACUGCAAUCUGCCUCUUCACUGCCAUCUAUAUCCAUGUGGUUAUUCCUGAGACCAAGGGCCAAACAUUUGUGGAAAUUAAUCAGACUUUUGCCAAAAGAAAUAAGGUGGAAAUCACAGAGAAGAAAAAAGAAGAAACGAUGGACAUCCACCCUUGGCCACACCCAGCUUCUGCCAAGGAAACAAAUUUUUGAUGGUGCCCACCAUCACUGCAAGUCACCAGCAACCUUUCCCAUCCUUCACCAUCCUGCUACUUUCCUUAAUGCUAACGUCUCCCUAGAGAGGGCAGUAGUAGUUCCAGGUCAUCGCAGCGGUGAGCUGCUCGUCCUGCUCCCUCACUGGUGGCCAAAAGGCCCUCAGGGAUGUGGGCUUCUCUCUUCCAUGACCCGCUCAGGGCUCUUCUCUUACUUCCCUAACUUUCCUUUUCCAUCUCCUUCCCUGGAUUCUCAUUGUCUUGCUAUUCCCUAAGUAUAGGACACUUCAAUGUCAAAUCAGGUCAACCAGCAUUUAUUUAUGCCCACCGUGGGGAUGUUGGAGAUGGGGAUUCUUUUCAGAUAAGGCAGAACUUAGUGGCAUCUGACAUCCUUUUCUGUUCUGAGAUCCUGGGAUUCUAGCUGCCACCUCAUUAUCUACUGCCCUGACCUCUCUUCUGAGGGUCCAGCUUCCCACAGCAUGUCCCUGACUAGGACUCAGCAGGUACAAGCCAAGCCUCUUCUCUUCUCCACUCCACCCCACCCCCACCCCCAGCUUUCUCUUCUGACUUCACUCCCUCUGCCUGAGGCAUCACCACCAUUCACUCUGUUCCCAAGAUGUGUGACUAGAGUUUUCUAUGACCCUUCCUCCUCUCAUAUCCUAUCAAUUACCAAGUAAUCUUUCACAACCUCUCUCACAGUGAUCACCUCCUCUCUGUUCCUGCUUCCAUCUGGCUACCACAUUCCUUCAUUAUCCUCUCCCCCAACUACUCUAAUAGACUCUGAUUCCCUGCCAGAAUGACCUUUCUUAGACAUAAAUCUGGCCACAUUUCUCCUCUGUUCAAGACUGUUCAAUGGUUACCUACUACCCACUGAAUAAAGUUUCACCUGUGAUUCAAAGUGCCUUCCACUAUCUGGAACCACCAUAACUUUCUGGCUUUCUCUCAAAUUGACCUCCUCCAUUCAUUUUAUGCUCCAGUCAAACUAGAGGCUCUAUGCUUGGAAUAUCCUCUCUAACCAUCUUUUCUUAUUGAACUUUUACCCACUAUUUAAAGUCCAACUCAGAUGCUACCCCCUCCAAGAAAUGAAUGGAAGGAAAGGAUAGAAAGGAAGGGAAGGAUAGAAGGGAAGG